AGUUCGACGCAAUCCGAGGAGAGACCGGAGACUCCGAGCCAAGACCGAGUAGGAAGCCACCGACGCCCCGAGGAGCGACGCGAUCAUGGGCACCGCUUCGUCGUCCUACCGGGUCAUCUACCUGGACGUGGACGGAAGGAUCCAGAAGGUGGUAUUCAGUAGAUUCUGCAGCCCAUGUGACAUCAAGGACUUGUUUUGUACAGCCCUGGGUGUACCGAGGAACACAAACCUGUCUCUGCUGGAUUCUACUGGAGCUAUGGUGUCUAUUGAUCCGACCAUGCCAUACAACUCAGAAAGGUCACCAUACCGAGUAGUGCCUAUGACAGGAGGACAGCUUGCUGAUAAAGAAGAACUGUUCCAGAAUGUACUCACGCAAGUUGCUGAGCAAUUUUCCCGAGCUUUCAAGAUCAACGAGCUGAAGACCGAAGUCACGAACAGGCUUGCAAUGCUAGAGAAAAGAGUAGAGUUGGAAGGAAUGAAGGUGGUGGAGAUAGAGAAAUGCCGUAGUGACAUCAAGAAGCUCCGUGAGGAGAUGGCAUCCAGAACCAACAGUAACUUCUUCGAAGACAUAAAGAAGCUAACUCCUCGCAGGGAUGUACCCUCCUAUCCCAAGUAUCAUUUGUCUAAGGAGACAGUAGAAGCUCUUAGAUUGCCUACAUUCGAUGCUUGGCAGUGGGAGCCUAAUGAGAUGUUGAGCUGUCUGGAACAUAUGUACCAUGAUCUGGGUUUGGUCAAAGACUUCAACAUAAACCCUAUUACACUGAAGAGAUGGCUGCUUUGUAUUCACGACAACUACAGGAAUAACCCCUUCCACAACUUCCGCCAUUGCUUCUGCGUCACCCAGAUGAUGUACAGUAUGAUCUGCCUCUGCAGCCUACAGGAGAAAUUCACUCAGGUGGACGUUUUGAUCCUCAUGACUGCUGCUGUGUGUCAUGACCUCGACCACCCUGGAUACAACAACACGUACCAAAUCAAUGCCAGAACAGAGUUAGCAGUUCGCUACAACGACAUCUCCCCUCUGGAGAAUCACCACUGUGCUGUGGCUUUCCAGAUCUUCUCUCAACCUGACAGCAACAUUUUCUCCAACUUUGACCCGGAAGCCUUCAAGCAGAUUCGACAGGGGACUAUUACAUUGAUCCUGGCCACAGAUAUGGCACGGCACGGUGAGAUUCUGGAGUCUUUCAAGCAAAAAGUGGACAAUUUUGACUACGCCGACGAGGAGCAUGUCACCUGUCUGAAGAUGGUGUUAAUAAAGUGCUGUGACAUUUCCAAUGAAGUGCGGCCCAUGGAGGUGGCUGAGCCCUGGGUUGACUGUUUGCUAGAGGAGUACUUCAUGCAGAGCGACAGGGAGAAGACGGAAGGACUUCCUGUGGCUCCAUUCAUGGACAGAGAAAAGGUUACCAAACCCACAGCCCAGAUUGGUUUUAUCAAGUUUGUCCUCAUUCCCAUGUUUGAGACCGUGAUGAAGCUGUUCCCUCAGAUCGAAGAGGCGAUGGUGCAGCCUCUCAGGGAGUCCAGAGAUCGAUACGAAGAGCUGAAGCAGAUUGACGAUGCCAUGAAUGAGGUGCAGAACAAGAAAAAUGAAAAUCUGACUAUCGGAGGAAAGAAGAAAUAAAAGUGGUGUUUACGAUAGAGGCCUUCCAUCUGCUUCUUCUGCCCAUGAGUGAGAAAGAAGCAGCGAUAUUUCACGUCUUGGACGAUCAUCUAAGGCUAAUAUUUACAACUAAUAUUUAGUCUUGAGUGAUGACAAAAUGACACGUUACCAAUUAUGAAGUCAGCUUUCUUUUUCAGGGAAAUUUUUGUUCUCACUUGUACAGUUCUUACUUAGUGAGGUGAGCAAGCUUUAGGUACAUAUCUUGCAUAGUUUUGUUUUUUAUAUCUGAAGUGUUUUUUACAGAUUGUACAGAGUUUUAGUGAACUUUGUUCUUUACUACAAAAAUGAAUACAAUUAUUAA